CUGCACCGCGGCGGGCAGGCUGUGGUCGAGUCCAGUGUCCAAGCGGGAGGCAGUGUGAGAGGGGUAGUGCUCCGUUCACCGCCGACGGCGUUCCUUUACAAUCUCACAGGGUGAGCGAGGCACGAGGAGCCGGGACACUAGACGAUCACCAUGGCAGACAAGCACGACGAUACCACCACGAUAUUGCGCAACCCCAGAAAGCCAGUGUUGCCACAACAAAGGCACACUUUACAAACAAGCAACAUCCCCUUGAGAGAACGAAAGAAGUCUGAGCGACAAGAGCGUGACGUCCAUGUCACCAUCACCAUGACCAACGCGGCCUAUACAGAUUCUCUAGAUGAAUUAGAUAAACGCCUUGAAAGUGAUCCUUCAAGCAAAUUACUCCGUGCAAUAGCACGAAGUCGCUUCGAAGAAUGCGAAGCUUUACUGAAUAAAGGAAUGAGACUGAGUUCCGUGCGCGACACAGAUGGUUCCACCGCGCUUCAUACCCUGGCCAAGAAGGCAGUCAAAGGAGACGAUCAGGCACUUAAGAUCGCCUUGCUGCUCAUCAAACUUGGCGCAAAGUUAGACGUCAAUGAUAACAAACGCAACACUCCCCUCCACAUAGCGGCUAGAGAGGGCCUCUGUGAACUGUGCAAGGUGAUUAUCGACCAGGCAAAAGAAACUGGGAUAUGUAUACUAAAUUCCCUCAAUGAAAAGAGCAUGACACCUCUGCACUUGGCAGUGCAGGAGGGGCAGUGCGAGGUGGUGGAACUGAUGCUGAGCCGAGAAGCAAAACCCAAUAUGAAAGACGAUCGGGGAUGGUUACCCGUUCACUAUGCUGCUGACAAGGGCUGCGUGAAGUGUUGCAAGGCGCUUGCUCCCCACUACCAGGGAGACAAAGCUCUCACUAAGAGACAAGAAGCAUUGGUGAUGGUAGCCGCGAAAAAAGGAUAUUACAAGGUGUGCAAAGAAUUCCCAGCUGAAAAACUCGACAUCGGUUACAAAGAUAGUAACAACAACACUGCACUGCACAUUGCGGCGAAAAAAGGCUGUGAUAAAUUUGUUGAGUACCUCCUGGAGCUUGGUGCCUCUCCGGAUCUGCCCAACUACUGCGGCUUCACGCCCUUGAUGGCCGCCGUCGCCAAGGACAAAGAGAAAUGUGUGGCCGCGUUGGUAAGGAAAGGAGCAUCGCUAACCAUGACAAGCAUUGACGGAAGUAACGUUCUUCAUAUAGCAGCCGCCAAUAAAUCCUCUAAAUGUAUGGCCUACUUACUAAAACACAAAGAUGUUAAAAAACUUAUAAACGAUAAGGACAAUGAAGACUUUACGCCUUUAUUUCUCGCAGUCCAAAGGAAAAGCAAUAAAUGUCUUAAACUCCUGGAAGACGCAGGGGCUUCCCCACUCACUGGCAAUGAGGACAAGGCGUCAGUCAUUUACUAUUCCGAGAGUUACAGAGGUUCAGCUGUCAUUCAAGUUAUGCUAUUCCAAGAGAGGAAUGUGAAUCUGAUGAACGAAAACAAGAUGACUCCUUUGCACAUCGCAGCUCGCGAAGGCUUCACCGAGGUCUGUAAAUCUUUGCUGCGUAAAGGCGCGCGCAUCAACAUAUGUGACAAGGACGGCCGCACGCCACUCCACUGGGCGUCCCAGUAUGGCCACGACGACACCGUCAAGCUUUUGCUGAAACGUGGGGCAACCAGACGCGCCAAGGACGACAAGAAGUUAACAGCUCUCCACUGGGCCGCCUUCACUGGAAAACUAGAGUGCUGUAAAGUGCUUCUCGACGCAGACCGUGGCCUCAUGAAAGAAACGGACAGGAGAUCCAAAUAUGCACUCGAUUUCGCCUUCCAGCAGGGACGAUUCGAUGUUUUCAUCUUCCUUCUCAAAAACUUCUCGCAAAAGACGAUGCAAAUCCCAGAAGACUUGGCAGAGAGGUUUCACGAAUACGUACACAAGAUGUUAAAGGACAAGAAGAGAGUCUUGCUGGAUGCAGUCAUCAAAAGUAAUUGGUGGGAGGCGGGCUUCGGAGCCUCAGAGAAGAGAUUCCACGGUGAGGAGCCUUGUCCACUCUUUAGGGAAAUGAUACAGACUUUCCCAGAACUCGCCAGUGACAUCAUGACCAAAUGUUACUCAAGACGUAAAAACUUCAGACUGCUAGAGGAUAACUACUUCAUCCACGUGCCAAAAAGCAAAGCACAGGGGAGUUUUAGGGACAGCAUCAAGGAGUCUGUGCAGGAUAAAGAAGGAGACGCAACAGCUUCGAAUUUGAACUGGAAGCUUCACCACCCAGUCUCCACCAUGGUGUCGAGGAGGCGUCUGGAGCUCCUGCAGCACCCGCUCGUAAAGGCCUGGGUGCGAUACAAGUGGCGGGCCUACGCUUGGUGGAUCUUCACAACCCUCAUGGCAAUUCGUAUUUUUUCCAUUGCCAUGCUGGUGUGGCUCCUCAGCAGCCUUCGAGGAAGUUUCCAACAACAAAUGAAGAAUCUCGAUGAAGAUCAGUGUUUCAACUCGCUAGCAGUGUCAUGGGUAAACAUGUGGCUGUUACUCUCCGCCUUCCUGUUACGCCUGUUUGUGAAUGUCAACUACUGGUAUCAGAUGCGACUGAAGUGGACCUCAGCGCUGGUAGUUAUCGAAGGCUUGGGUUGGUUCCUCACGUCCGUCGUUUUAGGAGGAAUCUUCUACAGCCUUCUACACACCUGUGACACGAUGAAGAUGGUGUACAUAGUUGGCAUCAUCGCCGUGGUGCUGGAGGGCCUCCACUUCGUCUUCGUGGUGGACCAGCUGCCAUUCUCCAACAUCCUUACCAACAUCACGAAAGACUUCCUCCACAAAUACCUCAAAGGAAUAGCGUGUGUCACCUGUCUCGUCAUUCUUUUCGCCUUCAUUUUUCACCUCUUGUUCAUGGCCGAUGAUCAUUUCAGGACCAUGGCUGAGUCAAUAUUGAGUAUCGCCCUCUGGCAGUGGGGGGAUUUCAACCAAGAAGUCUUUUUCAAUAUAACUAUGUUCCGCAUGUUUUCGCAUAUUCUCUUCAUCAUAUAUCUGUUUACGUUUGGCGCUCUCAUUGUCACCAUCAUCCAGGCGCCUUCCAUAGAGAGAGAGACCGUACAGUUAAACAAAGAGAUUGGCAUGAUUGACCUCCUCUUCGAUAUUGACGUUUGUUUUCCAAUGCUAAGGAAAGUCUGUGAUGGAAGCCAGCUUGACGAGAAUAGUUCAUACAUGGGAACAAAUCGAAAAGAACGGCUUGGGUCGUGGAAAAUUUACGAGGGAAAGGAGAACGAGGCCCCGGGAGAUGAGGCGGUCUUCUCGCUGAGUAGCAAGUGCCAACGGUGCAGACUCAUAAAUAUAGGUGAAAAUGAGAACGAGAGGCGCGCGAUGCAUGAUCUUCUAAUAGGAAGCAUGGAAGGACUGAGGCGUGACCUCAAGCACCUGCAUAGCCAGAUUAACGUUUUGCAAAGUAAAGCAUUCACGGCAAAAGGAGAGCGUGUUACCUAGUGGAUGUAUGCAACUUAGUUACUAUAGCGUACAAAUUUUGAGU